AAUAGGUUCUUAGGGUGUGCAGGUCCCCAGCUCGCCGGCCUGUGCGGGGACCACGUGCAGGAAGAGCGCGUGGGGGCCCCUGGAGCGCAGCCGCGGUGGGUGACCGCGCAGCGUCCCAGGGCCCGGGGUACCGGGCGUGUGCCACCCUGCGCUUCUGGUUAGGUGGAGGGCGCGCGCCGCCCUUCCCCCGUCCCCCCCUUGCCUGGUGUGUGCGCGUCCUCGGCCCAGCGCCCCGCUGAGCGGUGCCAGAACCCGGGAAAGCGCGCGCGCACCCGUGCGGGUGUGUGUGUGUGUGUGUGUGUGUGUGUGUGUGUGUGUGUGUGUGUGACAGUGUGUGUCAGGUGACUUGGGUCACGCAGUCUCUCUCUCCCUCCUCAGGGAGGAACUGCCGCGCUCCGGCUGACUCCUCCGCCGGCAGGCGGGCGGGGCGGGGAAGGGGGCUCCGGGCGCGGUGGGAACCGCGAGACCCAGACCUGGACGCCGACCGCCGCGGGGGGCGCGCGGCCCUGCCUCCGCGGGCUCCAGCGAACCUCCAGACAAAACACCAAUUCAGAAAGAGGUUGCGAGCGGCAGGCGAGGAGGUUUGGCCCCCCACCAGGGUCCCCCGCCGCCCCCGGGACGGCCGGCCGUGGGAGCGAUGAGCCAGGUGCUGGGGAAGCCGCAGCCCGAGGAAGAAGACGACGACGAGGAGGAUGAACUGGUGGGGCUAGCGGACUACGGGGACGGGCCCGACUCCUCGGACGCCGACCCCGACAGCGGGGCGGAGGAGGGAGUUCUGGACUUCAGCGAUCCCUUCAGCACUGAGGUGAAGCCGAGAAUCCUGCUCAUGGGCCUGAGGAGAAGCGGCAAGUCAUCUAUUCAGAAAGUUGUCUUUCACAAAAUGUCUCCCAACGAAACACUGUUCUUGGAGAGCACGAACAAGAUCUGCAGGGAAGACGUUUCCAAUAGCUCCUUUGUUAAUUUUCAGAUUUGGGACUUCCCAGGACAGAUUGACUUUUUUGACCCUACAUUUGACUAUGAGAUGAUCUUCCGGGGAACAGGAGCACUGAUAUUUGUCAUAGACUCCCAGGACGAUUACAUGGAAGCGUUGGCUAGGCUCCACCUCACCGUGACAAGGGCCUACAAAGUGAACACCGACAUCAACUUUGAGGUGUUUAUUCAUAAAGUGGAUGGUCUGUCAGAUGACCACAAAAUUGAAACCCAAAGAGAUAUUCACCAGAGGGCAAAUGAUGACCUUGCAGAUGCUGGAUUAGAAAAAAUUCACCUCAGCUUCUAUUUGACAAGCAUAUAUGAUCACUCAAUAUUUGAAGCUUUUAGCAAAGUGGUUCAGAAACUGAUUCCACAGCUCCCCACCCUGGAGAAUUUGCUAAACAUCUUUAUCUCAAAUUCUGGAAUUGAAAAGGCAUUUCUCUUUGAUGUGGUCAGUAAAAUUUAUAUUGCAACUGAUAGUACCCCAGUGGAUAUGCAAACCUAUGAACUCUGCUGUGAUAUGAUCGAUGUGGUUAUUGACAUCUCUUGUAUUUAUGGCCUCAAAGAAGAUGGAGCAGGAACCCCCUAUGACAAGGAAUCAACAGCCAUUAUAAAGCUGAAUAACACAACAGUUCUUUAUUUAAAGGAGGUGACAAAGUUCCUGGCUCUUGUUUGCUUUGUCAGAGAGGAAAGCUUUGAAAGAAAAGGGCUUAUUGACUAUAAUUUUCAUUGCUUCCGGAAGGCCAUCCAUGAAGUUUUUGAGGUGAGAAUGAAGAUGGUGAAAUCACGAAAAGUUCAGAAUCGGCUACAGAAGAAAAAAGGAGCCACCCCCAAUGGGACCCCUAAUGUGCUGCUGUAGUGAAGUUUCAGGAGUAUCUUUUUAAGCCAGACCUUCCAGUGAGGCCACUGAGCUGUGUUGCACUAAAGGAAAAGGAAAAAGGAUAUGGGACACAUGAUGUAUUUGGUGUAAGAAAAGAAAAAUUCCUGCAACCCUCUUGAUCUUCUCUUUUUUAAAUAAAGUGAGCACUUUGAAGCCAAAACUUGUAUUUUAACAAUGAAGUAAAAUCUGUAAUUUCGUUACACAAAUGUAAACUUUUAUGGUCUGUGGUCAGAAACUCCUGUGUGAGGACUGCCAGGAACUGUAUAUAUUUUGCUCUUUUUCAUGUUUUUUUUUCUUUGAACUUUGAUAAAACAACUUUUCUAAGCUUUUUUCUGUACUUGGUGUCAAGGACAUGCAUACUGUAGUGUAGUUCAGAUCUAUAUGGCAAUCAGAAAUCAAAAAGCAAUGCACUGGCAAUGACUUUUUUUUUUUUAAUCACUUUGGGAAUCUUUGCUAACAAUUGUCGAGAAAAAUCAUUUUUCAGUGGAGCUGGAACAGAUUGGGGCAGCAAGCUCCAGGAGCAAUAAGAACUGUCUCCUGUUUAUCACUGGUAUAAACGGGAGUUUUGUAGAAUACUGUUAGCACCAAACUUACCUAAAAAUUUCUAUAGCUGGGGCAGUACUUCCCGACUCAACAGUUUUUACAGAGCUCUAUACCUCAACACACAUCUCCAUAAUCAUUUUAUACAGAGAGGUCGUUCCUUUUUGCUGCAUUACUGUUCUUUAGAACCUUCGGGACCAGAUUUCCAAAAUGGUGCCAAUCACUGGAGAUUGGUCAAAGUAACAUCAGAGGCCACAUGGUUUCCCAAUUGUAGGUGAUUGGUACCUACAGAUUUAAAAAUAUAUAUACAAUUCUGUAUGUUCGGCCCUGAGCAAUGGGCCUGUUGUUGUGCAACAUUUAAAACAUUUGUUGAGGAUCAUGACCGCAGGGAAUGUCCCAGAACUUGAGCGGAGAGCAUAAUCCUGGUGAGCAUGUUUGUCGCCACUGAGCCUCCUGCUCAUCUGUGAUCGUGUGCCUUGUGGACUCUGCCUGUUCCCACCUUAGGACUGAACUAGAGCUCAGCUUGCUAGCAGCACACUCUGCACAGCUGAAAAGCCAUCCUGCAAACCCCUAACGAUCAGUGGGAAGAGGAGGCGUUACAGUUAGCUAUGUCUUGGUCUCCAUGAAAUUCUUCCACUUCCACUUACCUUAGACUAUCAGGAUGUUAAGAGACUUACUAAUCACCCCUCACCCCAGACCAUUCCAAGUAGGUAAUUCUAUGUCCAUCCCCAGGGUCAGUGCCCUAAAGCUACUUGUGGGUAUUAGAAAAUAAUUUUAUUUAUUUAUUUAUUUUUAAGCAGAGACUCCUGAGGAAAUCAAAGCUGGUCCUAGCAAAAUGUACCAAGUUUCUAAAGUUACUUGCCCUUGAAACUAUCUCACUUCCAUCUGUAGCUUCCUUCCAUCCUCUCUCCUUUACUCCCCAAAUCCUAUUCCUUUGAGGCUGCUAACUGCAAAUGCAAGACUGAUUGUGGUUUAAGAUUUGAGUCCUCCCAAGGGUCUGUGCAUUUUGGAAGGAAAUUUCCAAAAAUCAUUAAGGCGCCCAACUCCCUUCCUCAUGAUUCCUGCUCAGAAACCUGGGUCAGUAGAAGCCCAGGGUUCCAAAGGAGCCUUUUCCUUAAUUUCUAGACCUAUAUCCUGUUGGAUCUUUGGAUCUUUGCCAACAGGCUUGGUACAUAUGGGUUAUUCUUAUAAAUUUAAUGCUCUAAUAUUUUUUACACAAUGUUUCUUUUUGAUUAAGCAAAUAAAGAAUCACUUUUCUAAUGUGACUUUAUCCUAAAAGUAGAGACACUUGCCUAUCUGGUAAAUCACACAUUACUUAGCUAUAUAUAUAUAUUGUUGUAACCAGGAGGAGCUUCCAUUUUUAAGCUGGGUAUAUGAUGGGUUUUUGUUAAAAUGUGCCUUAAAAGUCUAUUACUUCAGGAGCAAAUGGUUCUUUUGGAGAAAGCAAAAAUAAUCCUAUGGCAUAGGACCCAAGUUCAUGGUAGUAAGUGCACUCUUUGAUUAAUCACACACUAAUCCAUAGAUUACUGCCUCAAACCUGUAAGCAUGGUAAUGACCUCUUAGUUAAAGACAGAUGUAGGAGUUAUGUCUAAGAGUUCAAUUUUUGAAGUCUGUGCUAUUGGAAUUAAUCAAAUCUCUUUGAUUCCUUUCACAUUUUAUUUCUGAUAUGGAACUUGGGUUACUGCGAUGCGUAUGACCAUAUUUAGGUCUCAAAUCUAAUGCUAUAAAUACAAAGCCCAAAUACAUGGCUAUGGUGAUGGCCUGGAACAUUUUUGCUCCUUUUCAAGGGUUGAGAACUUGACCUACAGGUUUCUGGGGCAAUUAGAACUUCUGUGUAGAGGUGAGACUGAAUUACCACCUUUGGUUAUUUUUAGUGAUAAAAAUUAGUGUGUAUGACCAGGGUAGAGUGUUUCUGAAGGAAUAAGUAAAAAACUGGUUGGCAUUCACAGUGUUAUUUUGUGAACAUAAUAUAUUUUGGACCCUUAAAUAUAAAAUGACUAAAAACUCAGCAAUAUUGUUAAAUACGGGUUAUAUGCUAACUCUGUUUGAGACAUACUCCAGAAAAAUGGCUAAACUGUCUUGAUUAUUAAAGUAUGG